AUAGCUCCCCUCCCCCCAUUACAUUCAUUUAUUUACUAUGAAAUCAGUUCGCUUUUCUUUUGUAAACAAAAAGUUUGAUGAUCAAUACACUUUUGAACUUCAAGGAUAUCUUUCUGUUGCAGAUUUCAACUCUUCAUUUCGUUUACUCAAUCAGACAGUUGCCAAGCAUCCUCCACCAGGCAGCAAAAACGUUUGGAUUACUGCUAUUGUUAUUCUUUGGAUGUCUGCUCUUGUGAUUGAUUAUAUCUUAUGGAGCCAUUACAGAUUUUCCUCGGAGCUUAUCACCCUGCCCUUUUUUAUGGUACUUACGACCCUUCUCUUCAUAUGGAGGCACAGGGUGAUGCGCGAAAGAUUUGAAAGGUCCGUCAUUGAUGUAUGCAACCGUAUUAAUGUAACAGAAAACAUCAGAGGCAUCAAUUAUCGAUUUAAUAAGAACGGUUCAGAUUUAAAUGAUGUUACCAAGCAAAUGUAUAUCCAUGCCGAAACUGGAUUGAAACCUCACUAUUCUAUUGUCAUUGAAUUUGAUGACAGAUAUAAUGCGCUCUCAAGCCAUCAGUUUAACAGGUAUCCUUCCAUCGACUUUGUCACCAUUCCACUCUAUGCACACGUUCGUCAUGAAAAAAAUGAAAAAGAUAGUCCCUUCUGGACUGUUCAACAGCAUGAAUACGAUGAAAAGCCCAUCCUUUAAGGUGUUUGCACUUGAAAGUCAGACAAUGUUAAUUUUUUUUGGACGAAUCAAAAGUAAUAUUCAGAUGUUUGCUUACCUUUUUUGGACGA